AUGGUCUCCAGAUCAUUGCCCGAAGACAUUAUAAGCAAACUAAGAGUGAGCUUUGAUGCACUAAAAGUUGAACAAUACAAGCAGAUAUUUUUAGAUAUAUCUUGUUUCUUCAUAGGAGUAGAAAAACAUUCCGCCAUAACAGUUUGGGAGGAGUCCGGAUGGAGUGGGGAGUGUAGUUUGCAGACACUUGUAAAUAAGUGUUUGGUUGAGGUAGAUGAGCAAAACUGCUUGAGAAUGCAUGAUCUGCUGAGAGAUUUGGGAAGGGACAUUUCAAAGACAAGUUCACCGUACCGCCUUUGGUCACCGCAGCAAGUUACCUCCAUUUUUGAGAAACAGAGAGAGGGAAGCGUGCUGAUUCGGGGAAUUAUAGCCUACACAGAUGAGUUUUAUAAAGCUUUUCUGGAGCUUGUCAGAGAAUCAGGUAUAAGGUUUCGGCAGAACGAGGGUUUCAAAAUCCUGGAUGUUGAAAACAAUUAUUUUACAGAAGAAUUAGUAUCACUAUCAGAAGGCUUUGUCUCGGUGCGAUGGGCCAACUUUCCGCAUGCAGAUCUUCCGUUAUGGUUUAAGUUGGAGAAGUUGAGAGUUUUAGAACUUUUUGAGGCUUCUAAAUUAGUAGAACUGUGGAGCGAGAGUGCGGUUGUAAGUAUUGCAGAAGGAACGUGGCUGCAGCCUCCUGUGCAGUUGAGAGUGCUGAGAAUCAAUCAUGCCAGAAGUUUCCUGAGAUUUCCAAGGUCAAUAGGAUUUCUAAAGCAUUUAAAAAAGAUGUAUUUUGAUGGCCAAGGAGCUCCUAUUGAAGGUUUACCAGAUGAGUUUUGCUGUCUCCAAUCGCUGGAGCGCCUGGAGUUAGUUGGAUGUGAUAAGCUAAAAUCAUUGCCUAGCAAGUUCGGUGAUCUGACAAAUCUGCAGCAUCUAAUUUUGAGACAAUGCCGUGGGAUCGAAGGUUUACCAGAAGAUUUUGACUGCCUCGAAUCACUGAAGGAGUUAGUGUUAAGUGAUUGUCAUAAGCUAAAAGCGUUGCCUAGCAAGUUCGGCAAUCUAAAAAAUCUGCAGACGCUAAAUUUGAAUAAAUGCAGUGGGACUGAAGGUUUACCGGAAGAGUUUGGCCGCCUACAAUCACUGGAGGAGCUCACUUUAAGUUGUCAUAACCUAAAAUCGCUGCCUAGCAAGUUCGGCGAUUUGGCAAAUCUGAAGGAUCUAAAAAUAUCGUUCCGCCGGAAGCAUUUGUGCCGCUUUCUAGCCUUAAUAAGCUUUAUACUAGUCUUUCCAACAUGCCAGAAAUUCAUAAGCCUACGUGGUCUGGCCAAGCUGCAGAGUCUGUGUGUGGACGACUGUGAAGGGCUCAGGAAAAUAGAAGGAUUAGAAAAUUGCAGUUCAUUAGAGGUGCUGAUUUUAGAUACCCGUGCGGAAGUGCCAGUGAUAGAAAAUAUAAAUAUGAUGGAUAUGGAGAGUUUGAGGUUGGUGGAGAUCGUACCAGAAUGUCAACGGCUAUCAGCAUGUGGAGCUUGCCUUCAAACAAUAAAUACAGAGAAAUGGCCAUCCGGAUUAAUGAUAGGUGUAAAGAGUGUGCCUAGCGUGGAGGCGAUUGUGAACUCUACUUCCUCUCCUGCUCUCACUUUGGUUGACUCGUUCCACCGGCAGAAGAAGAAAUUUUAUUCUGCGCGCAACGAGAAUUGUUGGUGGUAUGUGUUUUUGACAGAGCGUCCUGCCAACGCGGCAGCGAUGAUAUGCCUUGUUAUAGAUUGUCAUGGGGAGGACUUUCUUAAGGUGACUAGUGUUAUAGAUCCCAAUUAUGAUAGUGGAGGCUUUUGGCGAGAACGAGAAUAUGGUGUAAUGUAUGUGGGGGUUGAAAAAUGGGUAUGCAUAGGUGUCUUCACUGCAUCUUCACUCGUGGGAAGCCAAGUCUCUUCCUCUCUACAGGAUCCGCUCGAUCUGGAUGAAACUAUGGUAGAGAUGGGAAUAUUAGUGAUGGGCGAGGAAAGUAAAGUUGUGGAUGCUUUUCUUCGAUUAGUACAAGAUUUGGGAAAAGCAUAA